UUUUGUUUUGGUGAACCUGAUUCGGAUUCUAGUUGAUACUCAUCAAACAAACCAUUAGAAGAAACGCCAGAAGAAGAGGAGAAAGCUAAGUAAGAAAUGGAAGGCAGUAUAGUGUUAUACCCGGUAAUGGCCAUGGGACACCUCAUAUCAAUGGUGGAGCUCGGCAAGCUCAUUCUCCGCCGCUACCACCACCGCUUCUCCGUCACUGUCAUCAUCGCAGAGGGGCCUACCCUCACCACAGAUAUCACCGCCUUCCUUCGCCAUGUCUCGGAAACCACCCAUUCCAUUACCUUCCACCACCUCCCCUCCCUUUCUAUGAAACCUUCUCCAAAUCAAUACCGUGCAUCGAUCCAUACAGAAUUCACUCACCUCAACAACUCAAAUCUCCACAAUGCUCUCCAAACUAUCUCGAAGAUCUCUAGGGUUCGAGCGUUUAUCAUAGAUUUCUUCUCUACCCCAGCCCUCAGCGUGGCAUCCGAUCUAGGCAUCCCCACUUACUAUUUCAUCGUUGGCGGCGCUGUCAUCCUCUCUUUCCUUCUCUAUCUCCCAAUCUUUCACAAACAAACCACCACAAGCUUCAAGGACAUACCCACGACCCAUCUCCAAUUCCCGGGCUUGCCCCCAAUGCCGGCCUCGUAUUUGCCUCAACCGGCGCAGGAUCGAGAGGAACAGACCUAUCAUGACUUCUUAGAGAUUGGUUUAAACCUACGCAGAUCAAAGGGAAUUAUGGUGAACACCUUUGAGUGUCUUGAGUCUAGAUCGAUCAAAGCCAUCACUGAUGGGCUCUGCGUACCAGAUGUUCCAACCCCACCUGUUUACUGCAUCGGACCAUUGAUAGCCAGUCAUAAAAAUCGAAAUGGGGAAGGUGAAGCUGUAAAUCAGUGCAUGUCAUGGCUUGAUGCGCAACCGAGUCAAAGUGUCGUGUUCUUGAGUUUUGGGAGCCGAGGUGUGUUUACGGCAGCGCAGGUUGGGGAGAUCGCUAUUGGGUUAGAGAAGAGCGGGCAGAGGUUCUUGUGGGUUGUGCGCCAGCCGGUCUCUGAGGACAAUAGCAAACUGUCCUCUGUGGAAAUUAAAAACCCAGAUUUGGAGGCCCUGUUACCUCAAGGCUUCUUGGAUCGGAACAAGGAGACGGGUCUUGUGGUUAAAUCAUGGGCACCACAAGUUAAAGUGCUGAGUCAUGAGUCGGUGGGUGGGUUCGUGACUCAUUGUGGGUGGAACUCGGUAUUGGAAGGGGUGUGUGCAGGGGUGCCUAUGUUGGCGUGGCCUCUCUAUGCCGAGCAGCGAAUGAACAAGGCAAUUUUGGUGGAAGAGAUGAAGCUGGCAAUGCCGAUGGAGGUAUCGGAAGAUGGGUUGGUGAGUGCUGCAGAGGUUGAGAAAAGGGUGACAUCUUUGAUGGAAUCCGAAGAAGGGAGAGUACUUAGAGAACGGAGUCAGAAAAUGAAGGAAGAGGCCAUGGCUGCGUGGACCGAGUGUGGCUCUUCUAUAACUGCUUUCAACGAGGUGGCUGAGUCAUGGAUUAAUCAGUAGUAGGUGUUGUGAUUUAUCUGUCAUUGAGAGAUGGAUUGAUGUCACCAUAUGCUUGAAGAGCAAACGUGAGGAGUGUGUAUGGUCUAAGAAUUCCUCUUCUUUGCUAUAAAGUGUUAUUAGUGUCCCACUCAC